AUGGUUCCGGUACCAAAGCCAGCACGGCACAUCUCAGAAUACCAAGAAAAGAUUCAGCCAAACCUCAUAGACCGUUACUUGCAACUACAAGAAGGGUUGACGGAGGUGAAACAACCUCUGGAUAAGAUGUACACACAUCUGUCUGUCACAGCUGGGGGUGACAUACACAUCAACACACAGCAUGAGGUCAUGCAGAUUGAGACAGUGAAGCCAGCAGAUACAGAGACAACAAUUGAACCUUGUGACAUGUUCAAACACCCCUCUGGAAAAGACAGACCCAUAAGAACAGUGCUGACCAAGGGAAUCGCAGGAAUUGGAAAAACAUUUCUUGUGCAUAAGUUUGUGUUUGACUGGUGUAAAAGAGAAACCAAUAAAGAUGUGCAUCUUGUUUUCCCCUUCACCUUCCGCGAGCUGAAUUCAUGGAAGGGAGAGAAGUCAUCAGGAAACACCAACUUUGACAAGAGUGAAUUCAAACUUCUGUUUGUUUUGGACGGACUGGAUGAGAGCCGCCUUGAUCUGGACUGCUCCACGAAUGAAAACAAGGCAGUUAAAAUUGAUGUGACAGCGCCGACCUCAGUGGAUGAGCUGCUGACGAACCUCAUCAAGAAGAAACUGCUUCCCUCUGCUCGCAUCUGGAUAACCACACGACCUGCAGCAGCCAAUCAGAUCCAUUCUGAUUUUGUAGACAUCGUGACAGAGGUCAGAGGGUUCACUGACCCACAGAAGGAGGAGUACUUUAGAAAAAGAUACACAGAUCAGGAGCAGGCCAGCAGAAUCAUCUCCCACAUCAAGACAUCACGAAGCCUCCACAUAAUGUGCCACAUCCCAGUCUUCUGCUGGAUCACUGCUACAGUUCUGGAGGAAGUGAUGAAAACCAGAGAGGGAGGAGAGCUGCCCAAGACCCUGACUGAGAUGUACGCAGAAUUCCUAAAAUUUCAGAUUCAUCAGACAAAAGACAAGUAUGACCAAAAAAAGUGCAUUCAGUACAUUGAGUCAUUAGCAAAACUGGCUUACCAUCAGUUGGAAAAGGGCAACCUGAUCUUCUACGAGAAAGAUCUCAAAGAGAGUGGCAUUGACGUCAGUGGCGCGUCUGUGUUCUCAGGAGUGUUCACAGAGAUCUUCAAAAAGGAAAGUCGGGGAAAGAAUGACAAAAAUAAGAUGUUUAGCUUCGUCCAUCUAAGUGUUCAAGAGUUUCUGGCUGCUCUUCAUGUAGAGAGGGCAGUCAUUAACAGAAACAAGAAUGUGAUGUUUGGGCAAAGUUUGCGUGAAAAAGGACAAAUGGUUUUCAGCAAAAAAUCUAUGAUGUCUAAGGUCCACAGGUUUGCUAUUGACAAGGCCUUACAGAGUCCAAACGGACACCUGGACUUGUUCCUUCGCUUCCUUCUGGGUCUUUCUCUGCAGACCAAUCAGGAUCUCCUCAAAGACCUGCAUGCUCAGACAGGAAGUAGCUCACAGACCUAUCAGGAUACAGUUGAGUACAUCAAGAUGAAGAUCAGUGAGAAUCUAUCAGAAGUGAAGCUGCUUUCUACUGCACUGAAGAGUCCACACUGUAAACUGGAGACUCUCAGGGAAGGAGCAGCAAGAAUAUUGGCUAGUGACAAGAGCCUGGACCAGAACCUGAGGUCCUGGGUCUUCCCCGAGGCCUCGUCCCAGCUGGAAAAGGUUCUGGUGGUUCACGGUUUCAAAUGCAGCAGAAAGGUCCAGAGGGAUGACCACAGAGGGGAGAGAGGCUGCUCUAGCAGUUUCAAGCCGCUCAAUGACAGGAAUGAGGACAGAGAGCUGGACCUGAGUAACAACGACUUGCACGAUUCAGGAGUGAAGCUGCUCUCUGGUGGAAUAAAGAGUCAACACUGUAAACUGGAGACUCUCAGUUUGUCAGGCUGUCAUAUCACAGAGGAAGGCUGCACUUCUCUGGCCUCAGCUCUGAGCUCCAACCCAUCCCAUCUGAGAGGGUUGGACCUGAGCUACAAUCAUCCAGGAGACUCAGGAGUGAUGCUGCUUUCAGAUAAAUGGGUGGAUCCACACUGGAGACUGGACACUCUAAGGCUGGAUCAUUGUGGAGCGCAGAGGCUGAAACCUGGUCUGAGGAAGUAUUCCUGUGAACUCACACUGGACACAGACACAGCACACAGAAACCUCAAACUGUCUGACAACAACAGGAAGGUGACAGCAGUGGAAGAGGAGCAGCCAUAUCCUGAUCAUCCAGAAAGGUUUGACGACUGGUGUCAGCUGCUGUGUAGAGGUGGUCUGACUGGUCGCUGUUACUGGGAGGUGGAGAGGAGCGGAGGAGGGGUUUCUGUAGCAGUGAGUUACAGAGGAAUCAGGAGGAGAGGAGACAGUGAAGACUGUUUGUUUGGAUAUAAUGAUCGGUCCUGGAGUCUGAUCUGCUCUGAUGGUGGUUACUCUGUCUGGCACAAUAAAAGAGAAACACGUCUCUCCUCCUCCUCCUCUUCCUCCUACUCUAUCUCUGAUAGAGUAGGAGUGUAUGUGGACUGUUCUGCUGGCAUUUUGUCCUUCUAUACAGUCUCCUAUGACUCACUGAUCCACCUAUACACCUUCAACACCACAUUCACUGAACCUCUUUAUCCUGGAUUCUGGUUAGGGUUGCAUGGUUCAGUGUCUCUGUGUUCUGUGUAG